GGCUUGUACUUUCCUGGCAGCUCAUAAGAGGCAGAAGAGGCUUCUAAUGCUCUUUUUUUGCUGUGAGAGGAAAGGGGUCUGCUGAUAAUUGUCUGAGAUUUCAAUCUGAUGGUAUUCCAGAAAGUGAUGAGGAUCAGGAGUUGGCUGAUUGGGCGUGGAAGAAGCAGCCUUAUUGUGGCUCUCCUGUGGGCAGCAUUCGGAAUAAAAGCUGCAGGAUGUGACGUGCUUGAAAUCAUUUACCCAUCAGCCAUCCUUAUCCUUAAAGAAGGAGAUCCCCUGACCUUGAAUUGCACAGUGUGGCAUGAACAGAAACAGUCUUCAGAUCUGAAGGCCUACUGGUGUAAACUGGUGGAAAAUCAGAGCAGCUGUGCUAGAGUUGGCAAAGAGCUGGAACGCUUGCUAUCAACAAAGAGCUUAAAUCCCCAAGCAAGGGUCAGCUUGUCUCUGCUCCUACAGAUUCAUAAUGUCAGCCAUUCAGACAGCGGUAGUUACCAGUGCAGAGCCAGUGCAAAUAAUCAGACUGCUAUCGGUCACUACAUCCGAGUGAAAGUAACAGCAGAAGAAUUAAACCUUGUGAGUUCUUUGAACACCACAAGGAGUCCAGAGGCUAUCUCCCAAGGCAGCAAAGCUCCAAGGAUGGAUUCCUGGCUGGAAAAGACAUGGGCACUGAUCGUGAUACUCUGGCUGCCCCUUUCUUAAAAGGACUGCAUUUCAGUGUUUCAUGGAACACUGUUCCCGAAGAAGGAUUUUCAGUGACUUAAUGUCUGAGCACCUGGACGCCAGCUCUGCAGGAUUAUUUAUUGUUUCCUACACUACUGGUUAAUGCAUCAACAGCCCCCCGUCAGACAAAGGGACUCUCACACUCGUCAGCAUUGGAAGUAAAAUUCUGUAGUCUCUGAUGUCAGUUUUGUGUGUUUUGUCUCCACUAUAACUGAGGAUGGAUUUCUCAGUGUAGAGCUUUUAAAGAUCAGGAAGAGAUUUCUUUCCAUGUCUUCUUUCUGGACCUAUCCAGAGAGAUCUUCUAGCACUCAUUGCCUCAACCUGCUACACUCCCUCUUUAAAGAAAGAUUCCACAGUGCUGCUCUCCUGUGGCCAUUCUGUCAUCUGCAUUAUCUUCUACCAUGUUCUGUUCUACCACCUGCUCUCUCUGGGUUGCUUUAAGAGUGCUAGAAGCUCUUAUCUAAUCCCCAGCAGUGGGAGGUAGAAUUCUGUAAACAGGGUUUUGCAGCUUUUAUAGCUUUAGGAUGGAUUCCAAUUGGAUUUAUACUGCAGGUCAGUUUGGAGAAUUGGAAAGAGAGGCCCUCUAGGGAUUAGCUCCUAGAUAUUUGUUUGUUAGUCUAGGCCCAAAAUUGUCUGUAUGUGUAUAGGGAGAGAGAACAAUAUAAGUCUUUUUACAUUUCAGUUACAACUUCUUUGGGGAGCAAUUGAACAUCCCCCAUGUGUACAUUGUGGGCUUCUCAGAGCAGGGGUCACACCUCCUUCUCUGUUUGGAAAACUAGCACACUGUGAGUAUUACCGGAAAUAGCUAAGUAAUAACUGUAACCCUAAGCACAGCAUCAGUGGGAUAGUGCAUGAGAACUUGAAAAUGAAAAUGACUAAAGAUUUAAAGACUAAAGGUUAAACAGAAUGUUCUAUAAGGAGAGACCAUAAAUGUGCAAAUUAUUUUUUAAAUUUCUUCAGUUUUAAUAAUUGUAGGAUUUUUAAAUGCAGUAUUUUAUCCUGACUGUAUGCUUUUAAAAACAGAUGGCUUUUUUGCAGACAUAAUUCUAUAAAUCUGCUUUUGGGGGAAUAGAGAGCUCCUUUUAGACACAUUUGCUAUCAAAUCUACGUGGAAAACCGUGAUGUUUAUAUCUGUUGGCACACUCGUGAGCAUGAUGCCUCUUGAUAUCUUUGUUUCAAAGUCCAUGAGUAGCUGCCCUGAUGCUGGUGUUUGAUAAGCAUUUCUGACCUAUGCCAUGUUGUAAUAGUUGUGCGUGCUGCAUGGAAUGUAAAGGCAGAGAAUUAUCCUAUAAAU